UGUCAACUCAAUCUAUCUUUGAUUUGUUGUGUUUCUCUUCUUUCCAAUCUCUUUGUUUUCAGUUGCUCAGCAUGGCGGACGCUCUUUCAAUCGAACAGAACAACAAGAUCCGCGUUGCCCUGGGUCUGAAGCCUCUGCCCGUUCCCGGCGCAGAGCCCGCCGCCGACGAGUCUGGGCCCGACGACGAGGUUUCCUCUGACGAGGAGGAGCCCGGUAGCACGCUUGAGUCGCGCGAAGCUCAGGCGGGUGCGAACUGGCAGAAACUCCAGGAUGAAGCAGAGACAAAGCGGAGGCGUGAGGAGAAAAACGCCGCAAUCAAGAAGGCGCGUGAUGCCGCCCAACGGAACUUGAAGCUUCAGGGCUCAACGCUGGGGGAGGCUGCGGACGCAGAUGUCGACACCAAGACCUGGCUGAUGCAGACGAAAAAGAAACAGAAAAAGAUCGAGAAAGAACGCGCCCGCAAGCUUGCAGAGGAGCUUGCAGAGCGGGAACGUAUCGCCGAGUACACGGCGGCUGACCUGGCAGGCAUCAAGGUGGGACACGAGGCUGGCGAGUUUGCAGGCGGAGAAGACCACAUCUUGACCCUCAAGGAUGCGACUAUUGAUGAAAACGAGGAGGAGGGUGAUGAGCUGGAGAAUCUCGAGAUGAGAGAACACGAAAAAUUGCGGGAAAGACUCGAUUUGAAGAAGCGGAAACCGGUCUACGAUCCGACGGAAGAGAACACGGGGGUCUUGGCCCAAUAUGAUGAAGAGAUCGAGGGCAAGAAGCGCAAGAGGUUCACGUUAGAUGCCCAGGGCUCGACUGUGGAAGAGAGGGAGGCAAAACGCCUCGAGGUGGCAGGGAAGCUCAACAAGAACAUCAUCUCUCUCGAUAUUGAAGAGGAGACUCCCAUUUCGGAUUACAUGGAACUGUCUGAAAUCAAAAUCAAGAAGCCAAAGAAGAAGAAGGCCAAGGCUACGAGACAAAGAACAAUCAUCGACGAGGAUGAAGAAUUAUCAAACAACAGUACACCUGCUGGGUCAGCGAUGGAGGUUGAUACCGCUAAUGGAGAGCCGGUCCCAGCUCCUCGAAAAUGGGCCAGUGAAGAAGUGUCCUUUGUUGACGAUGACGACCUGCAAGCUUCUCUUACCCGACAGAGACGAGCUGCUUUCAAGAAGCGUCAAAGGAUCCGGCCUGAGGAUCUCGCGCGGCAACUAAAAGAGGAGGAGUCACAGACGCCCAUGGAGACGGAAAAUGGGGACGAACAGGAUGAAGCUCCUGGCCUGAUCAUCGAUGAGACAUCUGAAUUCGUCUCCAAUCUGCAAAAACCCACUCUUCCCGACCGACGUGAAAAACUGCCUACCAGGCUUUUGGAAAUAAGGCCUAAGGAGGAGGAGGAGGAGAGAGGAGGAGGAGAGGAAGAAGAAGAGGAGGAAGGAGCAGAGAAGGAAGAUGUCGACAUGGAAAGGUCCUACAACGAGAUCGAGGACGAGGAUGAUCUCCAGGAGCGAGCGAAGCGUGAGGCAUUGUCCCAGGCACGCCCGGAGAUCAGUGGGACCGGAUUGGAAGAAGAAUCCACUCUCGACCAAGGCUUAGGGGCCACGUUGAGCAUGCUAAAGCAGCGUGGGUUGGUCAAGGACUCACAGAGUGCCGAAAACAACUCGCUUCUACGAGAUCGGCAACGCUUCUUGCAGGAGAAGGCCCGGCUGGAGACCGAGGCAGAAAAACGGGCCCGGCAACAGCGCGAGCGGGAUCGGGCCUCUGGGAAACUGGACCGGAUGUCCGCUCGCGAACGGGAGGAGCAUGCCCGCUGGGAGAACAAACAGCGAGACCAGCAGGAUGCGCGCCACAUGGCCGAGGUGUUCAACCGGGAGUACAAGCCGGACGUGCAGCUCAAGUACGUGGACGAGCACGGCCGACUGAUGAACCAGAAGGAGGCGUUCAAGCAUCUCAGCCACCAGUUCCACGGCAAGGGCAGCGGCAAGAUGAAGACGGAGAAGCUUCUGAAGAAGAUCGAAGAGGAAAAGAAACAAGAAGCCAUGAGUGCCCUGGACAGCAGUCAACACACGGGCAUGAACAACGCGAUGGGAGCGACAGCCCGCAAGAACCGCCAGGCCGGAGUGCGCCUAGCCUAGUUUUAAUUUCCUGUAUAGAAUUCCCAUCUACGAGAUAUUUGUCUUUUGAUUCAAGCUCUACGGUAGAUUCAAUAAUUGAG